GAGAGGCAUCCAAGGGGGCCAGCCGACAGUCUUUGCCUGCGUCGUCUUGCAUUCCGCUCGUUAUCCCGGUAUAGUUAGUUACCUAUCGUUCCUUGCUGACGGUCUCGCCUUCACCGUCGUCCCUUCAUUACCCCCGACGCAGGACCUGUUCACUCACUAAAGGUCCCCGCCAUCAACAUGCGACUCCGCGCAGGCCAAGUGGUCUUGGCCGGCGUCGCUCUGCUGGGCGCGGUCCAUGGCCAGGCCUACUACGGCUCUGUCCACGCCGAGCUCGAGGCCUGCGAUGGAGACAACUUUGUACGCCUCGGCUGCUUCGGCGGCUUUGCCGACGCCGCCAGAGACUAUUUCACUUUUAGACCGCAGGGGUUCGACGAAGUAAAGCCCUCGCACAGCUUCCCCGGAUACGACCCGGGUUCCGCCCUCAACAACACGGUCACGCCGCUCGACUGUGCCCGGGCUUGCCGCGGUUUCGGAUACAAGUUCGCGGCACUCGUCAGUGCGACGUGCACGUGCGGCACCCAGCUGCCCGAUGGAUUGUCCGAUGGCGGGACUUGUGAUGUCCCUUGCCCUGGCGAUGCGCGCCAGACCUGUGGUGGCGCCGAGGAUGCGGUGGUCAUGGUUGACCCGACUUACGCGGCCAGCGACCAGGUGCCUCCCAGCCCCUCCAACCCCACCGUUGCCGCGUACUAUCAAUAUCUGGGCUGCUUCAACCUCGAUAUGAGGCACGAGUUUCCCAUCGAGGAUCAACGGGCAACGCAGCUGGUACAGGAUAUCGAUGCCUGCUUCAACCUGUGUGCGGGCAUGGGCUAUCCGCUGGUCCACGGUUCGGCGGCUGGGUGAGUUCUAGUAUCACUCGCCGAGAAGGAAACAACGAAGAGGGGGGGCUAGCUGACCAG